UCUUUCUCUUCCGUCUUCUCUCUUCUUCCCAACCGCUCUGAGUUUCAAAGCACCGUCGGCGGAUCGUCGGCGACGCGAUUCGUUGGAAAAUCAGAAGAGAAGAUGGCCGCUCCAGAAGCUCCGGUUCUAUAUGUCGGAAUCCAGAGGGAAUCCGCUGCUUUCCGGCUGAUGAAACAGAUGGGUUGGGAAGAAGGAGAAGGUCUGGGGAAGGAUAAACAAGGGAUCAAAGGUUACGUUAGAGUGAAAAACAAGCAGGACACUACUGGUGUUGGUGUGGACAAGCCAAAUCCCUGGGCGUUUGAUACAACUCAGUUUGAUAACAUUCUCAAGAAAUUGAAAGUGCAAGCAGCGACUACCAAUGCUGAUGCUGCAGAGAAGGAAGCUGAAAGUGACGACGAGCCUGUUAAGUCCAAGCCCGUUGCAAAAGUUACUCGCCCACAAGGAAGAUAUAAGCGGAGAGAGAAGGGAAAGCUUGUCCAUUCCUACUCUUCAACCGAUUUGGAAGGUAUACUGGUUAAGCGUACCGAGGAGCCAUCUCCUACUAUUCCUGAUGUUGCAGUUUCGAUAGAGAUUGAAGUGGUAACUGAGAGCCAAGAUGUUACCGUUGAAGAACAGCAAAUCGAAGAGCCAUCUCAGGACUGGUGGGGAUAUAGGUAUGGGUUUGUCUCAGGUGGUCUUCUAGGAGCUGCAUCUGCCAGAAAGAAAUCAAAGAAUGGAGAAGUUAAAUGCUCAGGUGAGAGGAAGAUGUUCUGUGAGGAGGAUCAAGAGAAUCUUUACAAUUUGGUCCAGGAUAAAUCCACAGCAGGAAAACAGGGUCUGGGUAUCAAAGGCCUUCCGAAGAAAAUAGCGGGUGUCCGUUUCCAGGGGAAGAAGACAUCGUUAGAUAGCAGUGAAGAUGAAGAAGAGGAAGAGGAAGAGGAAGAGGGAGAGGAAGAGGAAGAGGACAACUCUGUUAUUGAAAACUCUGUGGCGAAACGGAAGCAUGAUGAUGCCUUUGGUUUAGAGAAUUCCAUUGAGCCAAAAAUCAAGCUAAAGAGCCUGUGCAAACGGCUCCUUCGCAAGGAACCUGGUGGGUCUGUGAAGCUUAAACAACUUAAAUCUCUUAUAGACGAACAUGCACCAGCGAUUCUUUCAGAGUUUUCUUCUAGAAAAGAUGCUAUCGCUUACUUGAAACGCAAGAUGGAGAGAAGCGGGAAGUUUGUUGUCGAAGGGAAGAGGGUAUGGCUCGCAUCGAGAAAGAGCUGAACACAAUUUUGUAACGAAGCUGAAGAUUAGGACAGGUUCUGUUCUAAAUCAUUGCUCCGUAUUUUGUAUAAGGAUGUCAUCUGCUUUCAUUUGUCAAAUUUUGAUUUGAUUGUAAUCUAUUUUAUAAAGUUACAUUCUAAGAGAGUUAAAAGGAUUAACCUUUCUCUGCAGUGA